CCCCCCACCACGGCUGUCCGCACGCCUGAUUGGCCCCGCCGAACCGCCUUGGGCUACUUAUCCAGGUUGUCUUCCGCUCCAGUGGCUGGCACGAUGCUUCCUCCGCACCAAUUGAUCCAUAUUUAUCCCCUUCACCCAACACUUGCACAAUGAAGCCACUCUUCGUUGACUGCUCUCCCAGCCCCCUCCUUCGCCGCGACUAGAAGUAGCCGUGAGCGCCCCCACCGCCUCUCCGCCCUGCGGCAUGGUCGUUUGCAAUGGCGGACGAUCCCGCUGUACGCACAUCCACCCUCAGUGCCCUUAAGCAGUCUUGUCCUUCCGUCGACUACUUGCCCUCCGUUUCGUCCCCGCGUGCCCACCACACUCCCCCUGCGCCCUCACCCACUCACCCGUCUCCAAUGGAUAAUCCCUUUACCGACGAUCAGGAGUGGUCCGAUGAAGAGGUCUUGUUGCCCAAGAACAAGACCAAAACGCGAUAUGUGCCUUCGCCCGCCCAAGUCCGCUCACGACAGCUCGAAGAGGACAUGUCCUCCGAGUCGGAUUCGAGUUCAGGCCCGCGGUCCAUCAAUCACUCGCCUCUCGUUCCCCCCAAGUCACCUUCGAGGCCGGAUGUGCGUGCAGGGAGCACCCAGGAGGAUCUAAUUCAGCGUUUCUACCAAGUCACUAGGGAACGAGACGCCCUUCGCAAAGAGUUGCAGAGGAAAUCAAUGGGCCCUGAUGGCAUACCUACGCGAGAUUCCGUCGUGUACAGUUCUGAUGAAGCAACGCUGAUCGAAGAUCUUCAGAAUUUGAGGGAAGAAAUAUGCAGAUGGUCAAAAGAAUACUUCUGGGGCCCGCCUACGGCACGGGCUCGACGUCCCCAUGUACAUUCUUCAAAAGAACUCUUCAGCUCCUUGACCGAAGAUUACACCUCCUAUCUCAAGCAUCCAAAUGAUCGACCGCUUCUGAUCCAAGCUUAUAUAUGGUCGCAGCUUCAGCGUCGCAUUUUCAGCAAUCUAGAUAAGGGUUGUGGUUAUGUCUGGGCUGGGAAACUGGGCGAUAGGAAGUUACGGCCCAUAAAUGACACUCUGCGGAAAGCUGUCAAGAACGAGGAACAAGCCGAGGAAUACCACCGCUGGCGAGCGUUGACAGUCAACUUGUUGGUGCCUGAGGUCGAUGGAAGAUGGAGCCCAACAUUCGAUGCAAAACCGAUCUUGAAGUGGAUCAGAAGAUUCCGCGCAAGACUGAUGAGGAGAUUACGACCGUGGAGUACGAUGUCUCUAAGGGACGGGAAAGACCAGCUCUAUACCAUCGUAUCUGCUGCUGUAGCGCUUGACUUGAGAAUGAAGAAGCAGCGGGCUGAUUAUCGUUUCGUCACGUUUACCGGUGGGCUACCAAAUCAAUUCUGGGGCUACGGUUAUUAUGAUUCCGAAAUGGAGGACAUCGAUGACGCCACAUUGGGCGACCGCAAAGGUCGCAGGGUCCAAAUGAGUCUUGCUCCCGCGCUUGAAAGAUGUGGUAACGCAAACGGCCACAUAUUCGACCAAAACUUCAUCUUGGUGAAGGCGGAUGUGACGUGCAAGAGAUUGGAGAAAACGAGAUCGCGGAUGGGUAAAAAGGUCGGGCCAAAGAAGACUUUCUGGAAUAGUCGCAGCUAA